GAAACGGAAGAGGAAGAGGAAGAAGCUAUACCUACAAGAACUAUUUCCGGGUCAGUUCUUGUUGCGCUUACAGCAGAAGACAGCGUAAAAAUGAUUUCCACGUAAAAAGUAAUAUUAAUAGCUUUAAGAAAUUUGGUUAGGCAAGGGUUAUUUAUUCAGUCUUUAAUACGUGUUUCGAUUAAAGAGCUUUACUUCGGCUUUCAAGAAGUUUAUCCUGAAAAUGGCUCCAACGAUUCAGACACAAGCGCAGAGAGAAGACACACAUAGUCGACAAUCAUCUCAUCGGACUGUCCCAGAGAGGUCGGGUGUGGUGUGUCGAGUAAAAUACUGCAACAGCCUGCCUGAUAUCCCUUUUGAUCCAAAAUUCAUCACGUACCCAUUUGAUCAGCACAGGUUUGUUCAGUACAAGGCCACUUCUUUGGAGAAACAGCACAAGCAUGAUCUCCUGACUGAGCCUGACCUCGGAGUCACAAUUGACCUCAUCAACCCUGAUACAUACCGCAUUGACCCGACCAUAUUGUUGGAUCCUGCUGAUGAGAAACUACUGGAAGAGGACAUCCAGGCUCCAUCAAGCUCAAAGAGGUCACAGCAGCACGCUAAAGUCGUUCCCUGGAUGAGGAAGACAGAAUAUAUUUCUACAGAGUUCAAUAGAUACGGUGUCUCCAACGAGAAAGUGGAAGUGAAGAUCGGCGUGUCCGUCAAACAGCAGUUUACGGAGGAGGAGAUCUACAAAGACAGAGACAGUCAGAUUUCUGCUAUUGAGAAGACAUUUGAUGAUGCACAGAAACUGAUUGCUCAGCACUACAGUAAACCCAGGGUCACUCCGGUUGAGGUACUUCCUGUGUUCCCUGACUUCAAGAUGUGGAUCAACCCAUGUGCUCAGGUCAUCUUUGACUCAGACCCUGCCCCUAAAGACAUCUCAGCACCAGCAGGAGUUGACAUGAUGUCACAGGCUAUGAUCAGAGGUAUGAUGGACGAAGAAGGAAAUCAAUUUGUCGCCUAUUUUCUGCCUCAUGAAGAAACUCUUCGUAAACGGAAAAGAGACGUUGAGGAAAGCAUGGAUUAUAUGCCUGAUGACUUGUACGAUUACAAGAUUGCCAGAGAGUACAACUGGAAUGUGAAGAACAAAGCCAGCAAAGGCUACGAAGAAAACUACUUUUUCAUCUUCAGAGAUGGAGAUGGUGUUUACUACAACGAGCUGGAGACAAGAGUUCGUCUGAGCAAAAGAAGGGCUAAGGCUGGAAGUCAGUCCACCACUAAUGCUGUGCUGGUUUGUAAGCACAGAGACAUGAACGAGAAAGAGCUGGAGGCUCAGGAGGCCCGUAAAGCUCAGCUGGAGAACCAUGAGCCUGAGGAUGAAGAAGAAGACAUGGACAAAGAUAUGCAAGACUCUGGUGAUGAGAAGGAUAAGGGAAGCGGCAGUGAGGAGGAGAACUCGGCCAGUGACUCAGAAAGAGAGGACCAGGAGCACAGAGAGGAUGAUGAGGACGAAGACAAUGAUGACAUCGAGAACAAAAAUAAGAGACAAAGAAAUGCCAGUGGCAGCGGAAGUGAAAGUGGUGAGGAAAGAACGCGAGAGAUGCGAGACGAGGAGGAGAUCUUCGGCAGUGACGACGACAGUGACAACGAGCCGCCGAAAAACUCAGAAGCCAGAAGUAGCGGAGAUGAAGGCAGCGGCAGUGAGGACGAAGGAGAGAACAGGGGCGGCAGCAGGGGCGGCAGCAGGGGCGGCAGCAGGAGUGGCAGUGCGUCGCCCGCUCACAGUGACCGUAGCAGUGAGCAUUCAGAGAGCCGAGGUCAGAGCAGGAGCAGGAGUGGGAGUGAAAGAGGCUCAGACUCCAGUGACGCCAGUGACAGUGAAUAAGGUCUGUGGUCGUUAUGACAGUGUUUCUUACCUGUACAUUUUUAACUUUCAAACAGUGGAAGCCACAAGUGUGUGGCUUACACUGUAGAUAGUUUUGUAGAUUUAGCUCAUCAGUGUUUCAGCUUGGAAGAGGUUUUAUAUCAGGUUAAAAAAUGUCAACCCACCCUAAACCUUGACUUUUGCCCAUCAGUAAAAACUGUUUCCACCAGACUCAAAGAAUGGUUUGGUAUCAUGAAUCUUUGUUGCCACCAUGGUGUAAGGGCAGUGAAGAGAUGGGAAAUAAGACAUGUAGAGGUGAAUGUCUCCCUCUAAUGGCAUGUCCUCCAAUAUGCACACCCAGUAAACCAUUACCUGGACUUUUUUGUAAUAUGUAAUAAAUUACUGUAUUAUUUUCCUGUUAGCAUGAAAGCUCAACAGACAGUUGACUGUCAGAGAAUUGGCAAUGCAUUUUAAAAGCAGCAUAUUUAGGGAUUUGAAAUAUCUUAAAAUUCAAAUGUUGCAUUUUCAGAAAAUAAUUAUAGCUCCACAACUAGGUCCAUUCCAAUGUCACAAAUAAACAAUAAAAUCAUGAA